CUUUACUUGUCGGGUAAUACCCACUAAAAAAGCAAAGACUAGUUAAUUUUGAAGUACGUUACUGGCGGGGAAUAAAUUAUCGCCUAGAAUUUAUAAUCAUCCUUCCUGGUCCACAAAGGGAAGUCUGGGGAUAUCGGAGAGGUUCUGGCCUGGGAACCUUGGAUUCUACAAGCUGUGACCUGAUGCUACCCCAGACAGGCCACUAUGAACAAUGUUGAGGAAAAUGGGAAGCUGCCCAAACGACCAACUUUCAACUUUUGACAGGGCGACUGGUGUGGUUUGUGUUUCGGUGUCUCCGCAAAGCCUUAUGAGGUCUGAUGUGGGGAUUUUUCAGAGAUGAGAGAAUCUCCUUACUAACUAUAAGCUAAAUAAACCUUUCCCCCUUUAACUUGGGUGUCAGGUAUAUUGUCUCAGCGACUAGAGAAAAGUAACCAACAGCGAUUUAAAGUAGUGUGAAGCCUUUAGGAAGUAAAAAGCAGAACAAAGCCUUGGCCAAGCUAGGAAUAUCAGAGAUGACUAACUUCAAGGUGACCCUGGGAAGUUUGCAGGGCACCAAUUGUAAGUGGUCUUUCUGGUGUCAGUGGCUCAGUGCCUAAUGCUGGAGGAAAUGGGGCAGAAGCCAGGUCCAGGGUCUGUGAGCUGCUCACCAAAACCCAGUCCAGCGGGCUCACGAGAAAACAGUCCUCCCCUUAUCUCCUGGCCUGCGGGGAGAAUUCCUCUUGCUGAGGACUCAGGUUGGGACGGUAGGAUUGUCAGACCUGCUCUAGGCUCAUCGGGGUACGGGAGCUGAGUUUGGGACUGCCGCCUUAUGUCAGAACUCAGUUGGGGACUGUGCUUACCUGAGAACAGUCUUAGUGAGAAUUUAGAAAAGUCCAGGGCUUCGGAGCUCCAGUGUGAUCUGGCCUAGGAGUGACAGGACAGAUGAUGGAAAGAGAACCAGCCUGGCUGUUGCUUCCUGUGCAUUUGAGUCUUUUACAGCAAAGAUGAAUAUAUAUGCUACUGGUGCAGGUCUCACAUCCUCAGAGGGUACCCUCACCAGAGAAAAGACACCACAGCAGCUUUACAGGGGCCACUGGCUCUGGAAGUGGCUGUCAUAAACCCUGUCAGUGUGCUUCCAGAGCCUUCUGCGCAGGCCACCUUUUCCUGGCAUGUGGUGGACUCAGGCAGGUAUUUCCUAGCCCACCUUGUGGAGAGCAGAGGGGUCCCCAUGCAGCAUACGUGGAGCUUACAGCCUAUCUCUGGACCCUGUCUGUAACUGGGACUCCAGGAACCCACGCAGCAUGGCUGCUGCUCCUCGGAGAGGUGCGGCUGUGGAAAAAGUUAAGUAGUUGCACGAGGUCACCUGGCCGUGUACAGGGAACUUUGCAGUUACCCACCUUCCGUCAUGGUGUGCUCAGCUGAUGCGGACAUCAGAGGUUCAUUUCCAGAGCUGAGUAAGGGUUUCCAGAUCCUUUAGUCUGCCCCGCCUGCCACUUGGGCACUAUCUGAUUUAUGCAAGAUCUGUCUUUUCCUUCCAGCUACUCCUGAGUGCCCGUUUUCCAGGUUCUAAUCCGCCUGAUGAAUGAAAUGCAGAAACAUCAUAGUGCACAGAGGCUGCGAGCAGUCGGGAGUGAUUGCCUGCGCAGCCCUGGCGCAGAUGCAGUUGGGAAGAUGGCCGGCGUUUGGUCCAUGGGCAGGGGCAGUGGUUUGAGGGUGAAGAUGUUUGACUUGCUGAUGCUUUGGCUUAGGUUAGAGAUGGUUUCUCACAAAAGAGGAAUCCCAUUGUCCGUGUAGCUUGAGAAACCCUAGUCAUUUCCUGCCUUAGAGCUGAGUUGGCGAGGGGCAGUGUGGGCUUCAUGCAGGUUGGUGACUGUGCUUCUGAGCAUCCAGAGAGCUCUGGUUAUCCCCAUUCCCUCCUUUCUUGGCUCUUCCCCUGUGGGGGCCUCCCUGGUUCUCUGUGUCACGUUCUUGCCUGCCAAGUUCCCCUUCCCUGGCGCAGGUUAGCAGACUGUCCCCACCCAUGGCCACAGACACAGCCUCUGUCUCCCUGUUCUGGAUCAUGUGGCCAGUGACCUUGCUAUUUUCUUCUUGGGAUCUCCCUCCCCUAAUGGUGUCGGUGCUUUCUAUUGCCUUCAUUAGUUUCACUUUACUGGGACUGUGCUUGGCAUAUAGAAGCAGCUUGGGACGUUUGAAGCAAUAAAUGGCAGAAAUUCAAGAUGAGCUGUUCCACAUUGCCAGGAAACUAAUGGGGCAGAGACUGUUCGAUAAGCUGAUGAAGAUGACUUUCUAUGGGCAUUUUGUGGCUGGUGAGGACCAGGAGUCCAUCCGACCCCUGAUCCAGCACAACAAGGCUUUUGGCGUGGGCUCCAUCCUGGACUACGGUGUGGAAGAAGAUCUGAGUCCCGAGGAGGCACAGCACAAGGAGAUGGAGUCUUGCACCUCUGCAGCAGAGAGGGACAGCAGUGGCACCAAUAAGAGGGAAAAGCAGUACCAAGCCCACCGUGCCUUUGGAGACCGCAGGGAUGGUGUUGUCAGUGCCCGCACCUACUUUUACGCCAAUGAAGCCAAGUGUGACAGCCACAUGGAGGCCUUCCUGCACUGCAUUGAAGCCUCAGGUGGAGCCAGCGAUGAUGGCUUCUCAGCCAUUAAGCUUACUGCACUGGGGAGACCCCAGUUUCUGCUGCAGUUCUCAGAUGUGCUAACCAAGUGGAGACGGUUCUUUCACCAAAUGGCUGCGGAGCAAGGGCAGGCUGGACGUGCUGCCAUGGAUACGAAGCUAGAAGUGGUGGCCCUGCAGGAGAGUAUUGUGAAGAUGGGCAUUGCGGCCAGGCCCGAGAUAGAAGCCUGGUUCACGCCGGAGACCCUGGGAGUGUCCGGCACUGUGGACCUGCUGGACUGGAGCAGCCUCAUCAACAGCAGGACCCAGCUCUCUAGGCACCUGGUGGUCCCCAAUAUGCAGACAGGACAGCUGGAGCCGUUGCUGUCACGGUUCACCGAGGAGGAGGAGCUGCAGAUGACACGGAUGCUACAGAGGAUGGAUGUGCUGGCCAAGAAAGCCGUGGGUGUGGGUGUGCGGCUGAUGGUGGAUGCCGAGCAGACCUACUUCCAGCCCGCCGUCAGCCGCCUGACGCUGGAGAUGCAGCGCAAGUUCAAUGUGGGGAAGCCACUCGUUUUCAACACGUACCAGUGCUACCUCAAGGACGCCUAUGACAACGUCACCCUGGACGUGGAGCUGGCUCGCCGGGAAGGCUGGUGUUUUGGGGCCAAGCUGGUGCGAGGUGCUUACAUGGCCCAGGAGCGUGCCCGUGCUGCGGAGAUUGGCUACGAGGACCCCAUCAACCCCACUUACGAGGCCACCAACACCAUGUACCACAGGUGCCUCACCUAUGUCCUGGAGGAGCUGAAGCACAACUCAAAGGCCAAAGUCAUGGUGGCCUCUCACAAUGAGGACACGGUGCGCUUCACGCUACAAAGGAUGGAGGAGCUGGGCCUGCAUCCCUCUGACCACCAGGUGUACUUCGGACAGCUGCUGGGCAUGUGUGACCAGAUCAGCUUCCCACUGGGCCAGGCAGGCUUCCCCGUGUACAAGUACGUGCCGUACGGCUCAGUGAUGGAGGUGCUGCCCUACCUGUCCCGCCGCGCCCUAGAGAACAGCAGUGUCAUGAAGGGCACCCAGCGAGAGCGGCAGCUGCUGUGGCAGGAACUGUGGCGGCGGAUCCGCACCGGCAGCCUCCUUCAGUACCCGGCCUAGCCUUGUUCCCACCACAGCUGCACACUCAGCUCACCUGCCGGGUCGCAGGGGAGGGAGACGAUUUGGGGGGACACUGGUGCCAGCCACACCAUCGCCACAGCUGUGGUCUAACCCCAGCCUCUCAGAAUUCACCUGUUUUACCUUCGAAACUCGAGAGUCACUGGU